UCAAACUAAUAUUCUUUUGUUUCGAUGAAAGCAUUUUGAAUUGAGACUUGAUUAUAAUUUUAUCUUCUAUCUAUAAUUCUUGUCUUAUCAUAUAUAAUUUCACUUCAAAUCCUAAACUAAGUAAACACACGGAAUCAUUUUCAGAUUUUCCAACGAAAGAGAAUUAUUUUUAUUUAUCACACGAACACUUGUGUUUUUAACAUCCUAAUUUAUAAAUUUUUUCCAUCGAAAAUGAAAUUAAAUACGACAACAGCUACAAUAGUAGAAAGGAUUUUACAAAAAAGUAAAGAUGCUGUUCCAAGUGUUUCCUCUUGGCAUGGUAUUGCAGUUGAUAUUCAAAUAACACAAGACAACCUCGAUGCUCUUGAGUUACUAUCAACGGAUACUAACGCUAUGAAUUUCUCCGCAACUGAAGCUGAAACCUCACCUGAAGCAUAUCAAACGCUUUUAGCAGUUGUUUUAGCUCUGUUCAGUGGCACAACUGUGUUUGGUAAUAUGCUCGUGAUGGUAGCAAUUGCAAAAGAACAGUAUCUGCAUACGGCCACAAAUUAUUUCAUAGCUUCAUUGGCAACAGCAGAUUGUCUCGUUGGAGGAGUGGUAAUGCCCUUUAGUAUUAUCCAUGAAGUCAUGGGCAGGAUUUGGAUAUUUGGAAGAGAAUGGUGUGACUUAUGGCGAUGCUUCGACGUUUUAGCAAGCACAGCUUCUAUACUAAAUUUGUGUGCUAUAUCUGUGGAUCGCUAUUGGGCUAUAAUCGAUCCAAUGACAUAUCCGAGUAAAAUGACCACUCCUCGAGCUAAGUUGAUUGUCGGCUUAGUAUGGAUGUGCUCUUCUCUUAUAUCAUUCCCAGCAAUAGCUUGGUGGAGAGCAGUGUCAGUACAACCUUAUCCUCCUGAUCAAUGUCUUUUUACCGAUGAUGUCGGAUAUUUAUUAUUUUCAUCAGUAAUAUCCUUUUAUGGGCCACUUAUUAUAAUGGUCUUCACUUACUGCCGAAUAUAUAAAGCAGCAAUCAAUCAGACAAAAUGUUUGGAAAAUGGUAUGAAAUACAUCGGAACAAGUAAUGAAGUAUGUGAAGAAAUGACUUUAAGAAUUCAUAGAGGAGGCGUUUCUGAAAAAAAUGAAUUAAAAAAUGGAAACACUGAGAAACAUAAGCGGCACAAUCAUAUUGUUUCUGAGAAUGAUAAACUUUCUGAAGGAGAAGAACGUAAGUCACCAGAUAAUAGUAUACCCCUGCGAUUUGCAAGUCGUCAUGUCAAAGUUUUUUCAAUCAGUAAAAAGCUUGGGAAGCUGACUAAAGAGCGGAAAGCAGCUAAAACACUCGCCAUAGUAAUGGGCGUAUUCAUUUUAUGCUGGUUACCGUUUUUUAUCAUUAAUGUUUUAGUGGGAAUUUGUGGAAAAUCAUGCAUUUCAGAACCUGAGCUAGUAUUUUCAAUUGUGACCUGGCUUGGGUGGUUGAAUUCUGGAAUGAAUCCCAUUAUUUACGCUUGCUGGAGUAAGGACUUCAGAAAAGCUUUCCGACAAUUAUUGUGUUGGGGCUGUAAAAAGGAAAAACAAUGUUACAAAUUCGAAACUCCUGUGAGAAGGAAGGAUAUAUUAUCACGUUCUAAGUCACCAAAUGAAGAAGUGUUUCUUUAGAUUUUAUUACUUAAAUGUUUAAUUUAAUCAUUUCAUGGUUUUAACUCAUAUAUCAAGAUGAUUUCAAAACUUGAAAUUCGGCAGGUAAGCUUUGAAAAUUAAUCCAGAUAUUAAAAAUAUAUCAUGCUAAUCUUUCCAUAAUUCCAAAAUAAUCACACUUGUGCAAAAUAAGUGUUCCACUUUGUAACUGAAAAUCCGAGAUUUUAAUAUUAAUUGUUCAGAUGUUCUGUUAAUAUAAAAGAUAGCAGCUAAAAUUUAGGUUAAAGCAUUCUGCAUAAAUUUUCGUGCAAAUAUUAGCUACAAAUAUCUGUCAACGUUUCAUUUGACUACAUAAUGAAAUUUAUGCAAAAUACAAAUAUAAUAAUAAAAUUAAUAACUUUUACAUGUUUCUUUAGUUACUUUUACAUCUUUCUUUCUGUUUUCUUCUUUUACAUGUUUUUUGCAGCUUAAAAAAUUUUAAAUUAUUGACUUAAAUAGUGCAUGGAAGUGAAUAUGGUUUGCUGCAGACUGGCGUUCAUUAUUAGAGACCAAGGAAAAAUCUUGGAAUUUAUAAAUUAAAUGCUUCUGGCUCACUCAUAAUAUUUUCCCAGUGCUUGCAAUUGUAAUUGCAUGAGAUUUUUUAAAUUAGAAGUUUGCUAGAAAUUUAUUUAUAUUUAUGAAGAAAAGAAUGCUUGAUAGAAUGUUUUGAUAAAGUAGUUUACAUGUCAUUUACCAUACAAAAUUUCCUCUAGAUAAUUUUUUUAAUAUACUUAAUUCAUAGUUUUUGAUGUUUAUUAAUGUUAUAUUUUGUAUAGCUUAUUUAAGUCCCAACUUUUAAAAUUUAAAUAUUUUAAAAUAAUCUGUUAUUGAAAUUUAUAAUUUGUUGUAUAGGUAAUUCAAGUUUUCAAAGAUUAAGCAAAGUACUUGCUUUCAUUCGUAACCAAGAGACUUGUAAAAGUUCCAAAUUUAUAUUAAUCCAUUUAAGACGAGGCUUCUGUAAUCCAAAUUUAUUUGGAUUUUCUUAUAAACUAUAUUCUCUUGUCUUGUUCAAUGCAUUCAAUUUCAUUUUAUAGAGAACUGAUAAACAUUUUUAUAUGAACAUUUUCAUUGCAAUUUUUUUUUAUUUUUGUCCCAUUUGGAAUGAAUGUGAAAAUAAUUUGUUAAGGUAAAUCUUCAGUGGUCUUCAAUGGCUUGAAAUGUGAUAUGCAAGGGAAAAAGAGAAGUUACGUUUGUGGAUUUGUAUUUAUGGUGUUAGAAACUCUUUCAAAUGUACAAUAGGGGACAAGAAAGUUCCAUUAAAUUUUGUUGAUCUGAAGGACUAGAGUCACUUUUUUGUUUGCUUUAAAUUUCAAAUUAGGGAGUAAAGAGCAUGAAACUAAAUUACAGAAAACAGGUAAUGAGCGUCUCACAACUUUGCUUCUAAUUUGCAAACAGAGGAAUUUAAAUAUCUCCGAAUUCAGAACUAGAGCGUACACUGUAAGAUUACUUUAAAUAUUUGUUUUCUGAUUUAUAAAUUUAAACAAAUUUAACUAGAAAAUUUUACAAAUUGCAAAAAUUAAUUAAUUAAUUAUAAAAUUUUGCAACUAGAGUUUCAAUUUUUAAAAAUAUUCUAAUCUUACUUUUGGAUUUGAUCUUCUCUUAUGAGCUCAAACUCCAUCUUUCUAAGAAAGCCCAUCAGCAGCCAAGCGGUAUAGUCGCUGAUCGAUCCGGGAUUUGAAUCCGGGCGAACGGGCUGGCUGCAUGGACGUUUUCGUGGUUUUCGCCAUGUGUAACGUAUGUACGAACCAGUUUCCCUUAGAAAAAUCCUCCACAAAAACACCCCUUCCCUUAGGCAGAUAGUCCUCGAGUUCUUUGUCAUAAAUAAAUAAACCAAACCAAACCAUUCUUGUAAGCAUGCAAGCUAUCUUUAUGUGAUUAAUUAAGCUUUAGUAAAAGUACAUUUAAAUUCUAUGAAUACAAACAAGUCGGAAGUAAUGAAGCUGAUCUGCCAAAUGUUUCUCAAAAUGUUGUGUUUGGUAUUGCUACAUAUAAAAAGUCUCCUUUUCCCCCUUUAUUUUAGUAGAAAAUCUUGCAACCGACUGUUACAUUGACUGAGAGAAAAGCAGGAGAAGAAAAGGAAAAUUAGAAAACUUACUUGAAUUUAAAAUCUAAUUUCCCUUUCUUUUAGAAUAGCGCCUUCUGCAGGAAUGCAUGGAAUUUAGUACUUGAAAAGUAAUUAGAAUGUACCCUGGACAUCUUUAACUGAAAUCUGUUUAAUGCAUCUGCGAUUCGAUCUGAAUAUUCUAUGGAGAAAUUAAUGCCUGAUAUCAAAUUAUACUCGUUUCAUUCACAAUUCCGACUCUUGCACGAAGCAAUAGGCAUCUAAUUGAAGAAUUCAAAUAAUAGAGUAGCUAAGGAAAGUUCAAGCUUAGCGCUACAUUUUGCGGCCCGAUACUAUUGUUGCAGAUCUUAAAUUCUACCUUCUGGAGCUUCCUUAAAUUCUAAACAAAGUUACCGUCUCUAAAUUCUGCCGACCUGUUUGGCCGCACCAGUUGCACCGCAUCUAGCUCUGACUCUGUGAAAGCUAAGAAUGCAGUGAAAAAAAAUUGCUAAUUAUUUCUAGUAUGAAGGAGUAUAUGCAACAAUGAGAAUUCGUAUCUGGGGGAACUGCAAUGGAGCUUUUUAUUAUAAAGUUCUGAAUCUGUCUAGAACUUCACAAUAAAACUUAUGGUCAAGGCCUCCAAGAAACAGAACCACAUUUCUUCCCAAAGCUAUAUCACUAUGCCCUUUAUUGCCUUAUAAAAGCAGCAAGAUUUUGCAGAAAUUAAAUCAGUCUCACCUCAUCUCCCUAGUCGUCAUAUUUGGCACUCUGAGCACUUGUUAGAUUAAACUAAUAAAAUGCACGAUGAAUGUUCACAAUUUUAACUGACUAUCAGACAUUCAAAUGGAAUUGUAAACGGGGCUAGCAGUAUUCAAUAGAAGGAUUUAUAGGAUUCAUUCCCCUUGUAGCAAUCACCGUAGUGAAACAGAUUAAGUGCAAAAGAAGAUCCCUUUAAAGGGCAUGACGACUCAAAAAGUUAACCAAUUUGGGUUGGCCUCAUUUGGAUUUUCUUUCCUUAUUAUUCCGGUGAAGCUUAUACAUUUAUUUAAUUAAUUAUAACAAAGAAAUCGAGAUCUGCCUUAGAGGAGGGAUAUCUUCUUAGAAGACUUUCGAAAAGCAGAACCGUAGUAAUGGUAAUGAAACGUAUAAAAAUUUCCCGUUCUUUUCAGCCAAAUGCAUUUUAAAUUAUAUGUAGAAGUGAGAAAUAAAGAAAACAACUACGAUAAUAAAUGUUAUUUACUUACAAAAAUAUGUACUUCAUAUACUUUAAGGAAAUAGCUUUACCUUCAAAAUAUUUUCUUGUUAGAUUUUUUAUACAACUGAAAUCUUAUCUUCAUAAAAGUAAUUUUCCUUUGCUGCUUUAUAUCUUUCCUAAAACUGUUUUGAAUAAUUCAGAAGAAUGCAACAAAUAUCUUUAUUUUUGAAUAUCUGUUCUUAUUAAGUGAUGAAUUUAAAUACGUUUCAUUCUCCAGAAGGAUUUUUAUGUAAAAAUGGUGCUUGAAAUAACUGCUUCUUAACAACAUCUAAUUAAAUUAUUUUUACACGCUUUCGAAUCGCAAGAAUUCUAUAUUUUGCUUAAUAGUUUGAAAAAAAAUUACAAUAAAUAAUUAAAGUGAGCAAAAAUCUUAUCGGUGUGGCAUUUAUGUUUAAGUGAUACAAUUCUUGAAUCUAAGUGAAUUUAAUUUUGUGAAUAUCUUUUAUAGAAAAGUAUUAAUUAAAUAUUGUUGAUGCUUUCUUUCUUUGUAAUACUUUUAUGGAAAUGACGACGCUAAGCAUAUUUUCCGGACGAUGAAAAAUAAGUGCAUUUAAAAUCUGCUUUAACAAUAUCUUUACAACUAAAAUAUUCGAUGCAUUUCAAGAGAAAAAGUCGUUUAAAUAAGUAUAAAACAUGUUAGAAAUAAUAAUCCCAGAACUCGGAUAUUCCGUUUUUAAUAUUAAGUAGAAAUAUGAGACUAAUUAAUGAUCGUAAUGGAAAGUUUGAAAUUUCAGUGAGUAAGAAAGAUUUUAAACAGAUUGUUACCAAUAAUUAAUGAGCUUGCAAUUUGUUGAUAAUAUUUAUAAAGAUUUGAAACAUAUUUUCUAACACUAUUUUUAUAAUACAUCUUUUGAAAAAACAAACUGAGCAAAAAGGGCCUUUUGCUUACAAGUAUAAUUAAUUAUGUAUAGUUUAAGUAAAUUUAAAUUUUAUAAAAGCAUUUCUGUCUGCUAUACUAAUUGAAUUAGAAAAAAAAUGAACGUAAUUUAAAAUUUUAAAAAGUUCUCCUUUAUGUAAUUAUUUGCAUGGAGAUAUUAUUAAUCACAUAAAAAGUCAAAGCUAGAAAGCAAGAAUAUUUCGAUUUAGGAUAAAGGUUAUAUGUACUAUAGUUUUGUUGUUAAAUGAUUAUUACUCAUCGCGUUUUUCAUCAGUUAAUAGUAACACAUUAAAUGCAAAAGAUGAAAAAUAAUUUGGAAGAACAAUUUAAGAACGGCAUAUAGGAAUUUCUUGUUCAGCAGAUGAUUGCUGUCAAAUGGAUAACAAAGCCUUCGAAUUUUUUUUGUUACUAGUAAACUUAUCUUGAUUCAUUUAAGGAUGGAACAUGAUUCGUGAUCUAUUUCAAUCAGAGCGUGAUGUGUUUUGCACUUAGAUGUAUUUCUACAUAAUGUUUAUAAGUAUGAUAACUGUCCGCAUAUUACAUACGAAUAUGUUUAUUGUUCGAUUAAUAAAUAAGAACAAGAUAAUGGUUAGCAUAAUGUUUAAAAAUAUGAUCAUUGCUCACGUAAUGCAUAAGAAUUCGAUUACUAUCGGUAUGAUGCAUAAGAAUACAAUGAUUGUUCCCAAGUGAUAUAUGAAUAGCGCUAUCAUUCGCAUAAUAUAUAAUAAUGUAUAAGAAAGUUACUACUAUGUAUGAGAAUAUGAUUACCAACCGCAUAAUGUGUAUGAAUAUGAUUAUUGUGUUCAUACUGUUAAAUAAUAUGAAAACUAUCGUCAUAAUGUACAUGAAUAUGAUAAUUCUUUGCAUAAUGUAAAAGAGUAUGGUUGCUGUUCACAUAAUAUAUAAGAAUAUGUUUGCUGUCCAUGUAAAUGUAUAUGAUUACUUUCUGCCAUAAAUGUAUAAGAAUAUGAUUAUUGUUAUCGUAAUAUGUAAGAAUAUGCAUAGUUUUCGUAUAAUCUAUGAUGAUAUGAAUGCUCACUAUAUAAUGUCUAUAAAUGUAAUUCUUGUUCGCAUAAUAUGUAUGAACAUGUUUACUGUCUGUGUAAGUAGCAAGAAUAGGCUUACUGUUCGAUUAAUGCAUAAGAAUAUGAUAAAUUUCUGCGUAAUGUAUAUGAAUAUGAUAAAUGUCUGUGUAAUAUGUAUGAAUAUGAUAAAUUUCUGCAUAAUGUAUAUCAAUAUGAUGAUUGUCUAUGUAAUGUACUGACUAUGAUAAUUGCUAGCAUAACGUAUAUGAAUAAGAUUAUUGUUCACGAAAUGUAUAUGGAUUAGUUUUUAGAUAUCGCAAAUGAAUAUGGUUAUUGUCCUCAUCGAAUAUAAGAAUUUGAUUUCUGCCUGAAUAUUGUAUUAUGAAUAUGAAUAUUGCUUGUAUAAUAUAUUGAAUCUGAUUACUGUUCUCGUAAACAUGUAGGAAUCAGAUUAUUAGCGGCGAGGGCAUUUCACAUUCUCAUAAUGUACAUGAAUAUGGUUACUGUCCGCAUAUUAUGGUAAUUGCUAGCAUAACAUAUAUGAAUAAGAUUAUUGUUCACGAAAUGUAUAUCGAUGUGAUUAGUUUUUAGAUAUUGUAUAUGAAUAUAGUUGUUGUCUUCUUCGAAUAUAAGAAUUUGAUUUCUGCCUGAAUAUUGUAUAUGAAUAUGAAUAUUGCCUGUAUAAUAUAUUGAAUAUGAUUACUGUUCUCGUAAACAUGUAUGAAUCAGAUUAUUAGCGGCGAGGGCGUUUCACAUUCUCAUAAUGUACAUGAAUAUGGUUACUGUCCGCAUAAUUGUAAUAUGAAUGUUUAUUGCCCGCAUAAUGUGUAAGAAUAAGAUUACUGCUCACAUAAUGCAUGACAAUGUUAUGAUCAUCAGCAUAAAUGUAUAAAAUAUAACUAUUCACAAAAUGCAUAAAGAUAUGAUGAUUAUGCGCAUAAAUUUUAUGAAUAUGAUUAUUGUCCUCCCCAAAAAAAUUAUAAUGCGAUUUAUUGUUUCAUACUGGACGGAAAUAUUACUGUCGGAAGAAUGAGUUUAGUGUCAGGAAACUUUGAUAUAAUAUAUAUUCGUAUUAUUAGUUAUUGUAAAUUUCAAUCGUAAACUGAUACACGCGCGCAUUAUAUAAAUGUAAACUGAGUGUCAUCUUUGAAGUCUAAACGGAUUAGAAACAUUUUUGCUUGUGAUCAUGGAAUGUGUACAACAUAUGUUUAUAUGUAUGAGCGGCAAUAUACUUGCUGUGUAUGUGUUCUUAGUUAAUAGUAAUUAUGGUUCUCCUGAAAGCUAUUUCUAUAUUGUUAUUAUAUAUUUGUCAAUUUUGAUUUUUAUUCAUGUCCAAUAAUUUGGUAAACUGCCCAUGCUAUUUAACAGUAAUAUUAAGUGAUGUUAAUUGUGAAGUGAAAAAUUAAGAAUCUGCCACUUCCUGUGUUAAAUCUAAAGAAUGUUAUUAAGUGAUGUUUAUAAUAUCAGCUUAUAACCGGACUAAGAAGGUAAAUUGGAUUUCACAUAUGUUAACUUGGUUUAAACCUGUUUUUCCUUUAAAGGCAAUUAAUGAUUAUUUUAAUUAAAGAUUAAAAAAUAUUGUCAAUUUGAUGUUUCUAAAUCAGUGCAUAAAAUAUUAAAUGUCGAAUUUUUAUGAUUAGAACAAUUAAAAAUA